AGGAUAUAAAGUGGACGCUCAGUUGCAGGGAAACAACCAAAGUCUUUGUCCAGCGGCCGAACGACAAGAAACCAGAAGGGCGAGAGAGACAGGAUAAUGCGUCCUGUGUGGCUAUUGGUGGCCGUGGCUGUGGUGGGUGUGGUCAGCGGAGACGACAACCAAUGCUGGGAGCAUCCUAGCUGCCAGGAGGUCAACGAUGAGAGCAGCAUGAUGGAGUGCAUCCAGCUCUGUCGGCCUGACCUCCCCCCCGAGGCCUCCUCCUCCUCCUCCACCCCUCCGGCCAAGCGCUCCUACUCCAUGGAGCACUUCCGCUGGGGGAAGCCCGUCGGACGGAAGCGUCGCCCGGUCAAGGUCUACACCUCCGAUGGCGUGGAGGAGGAGUCGGCCGAGGUGUUCCCCGAGGAGAUGCUGAGGCGGGAGCUCCCGGCAGCAGGAGACGACCAGGAGACGCUGGCAGCGGGGGAGCAGGAGAAGCUCCAUGAUGUCCACGAGAAAAAAGACAGCACCUACAAGAUGAAGCACUUCCGCUGGAGCGGCCCGCCGGCCAGCAAGCGCUACGGGGGCUUCAUGAAGAGCUGGGACGAGCGCCUCCAGAGGCCGCUACUCACCCUCUUCAGAAACGUCAUCAAGGACGAAGAACGGGAGACAACGGGGGAACAGGGGGGGGAGAUCGGAGCGACGAGAUAGAGAGAGAGAGAGAGAGAGAGAGAGAGAGAGAGAGAGAGAGAGAGAGAGAGAGAGUUCCCACAGCAAUGCCUUCAUCUGAUCGAACAACAAAUCAAAUCAAACUCAAGCUCAAGUUGUUCCCUGAACGUCUCCAAACUGAAUCUGUUCCAUCUUCACCUUCACUGCAGCUCACUGUUGUUUUCACUCAUUAACACGACGACACAAACGUCUCCAGGUGGAAAGUGAAGACAUCAAACUGAGAGAAGCUGUAAAUCUGUUCACAAUCUGCUUGAAAAAUGACUUUGAUUAUUAAUCAACCGUCAGAAUUGCAGCCGAUCAGUUUUCAUCGUGGUUCAUUGAUAGUUCGCGCUGCACGAUGUAUUUUCAGAUGUGGGAGGAGCUUCGUGUCUGGACUUUCUGAGUUAUGACAGUUUAACUCUCAACAAACGCCAGAUGUUACUUUCAGCUUUGCUCGUUGCUUAUUUAGUCAUAAACAUGUGUAUGUGUAACGUGUUAAAGAAGUUCUGUGUGAACAUGUUAAAACACAAACAAUAAAAAAAAGUUGAAUCAUG